CUACACGUUGUUUGGAUUGUUUUGGUUCCGAAAUUCCGCUGGUAGACUGAUGUGGUAUUUUUAAGCUGGUCGUUUUUUCAAUUCUCAUGUAAAUCUCGCUUGAAUAUUCCAUGCAUAAUUUACCAACAAUUAUAAAGUUUAAAGUGUGCUAUUCCGCAAUCCGGUUUUCUUCUACCAAUUCGAAGCUUCACCAAAUCCUUGCUCUAAUGCCGUUAGACCCGAAGCACAUCGCCGAGGCGCAGAAACAACGGCUUAAAUUGAAGCAGAAAAUUAUCAAGACAUCGCCCGGUAUCGUAAAUCUGCAGAUCGUUGGAUCUGGUGCUCCUGGAACCCCAGCUUCUGUGUAUCUUUUCAGCGAUCAAACACGGUACCUGUUCAAUUGUGGCGAAGGAACGCAACGGUUGGCCUAUGAACACAAGACGAAACUGUCAUGCUUGGAGAAUAUUUUUAUAACCAGAACUUCCUGGGAACGGAUCGGAGGCUUACCGGGGAUUUGUUUGACCAUGCAAGAUGUGGGAGUGCCAAACGUGACUUUGCACGGUCCUCCGGGAUUAGGUGAAUUAUUUAAGGCAAUGAGACGAUUCGUUGUUCUGAAAGAUAUGAAGGUUGAGGCACCGGAAUAUAAAGCAGAGGAUGUGUACGAUGAUCAUGUUAUGAGACUGAAAUACGUGGUGAUAAACAGGGAACCAGAUUCUGUUUCAAAUUCUGACGAAGAAGAUAAAAUAGACGUUACGGCCGUGGACGACACCGACUAUUACGCUUACGAAAAACGCCGGAAGUCUGAACCAGCACUGAAAAUGUCUGCUCCAACAAAACAGUAUCAGGAUUGGACCAAGCGUCAAGAGAACUGCGUUAUGGCGUACAUCUGCAAGUUGAAACUUCGCUUUGGGCAAUUAUCACUAGAAAAGUGUGUCGAUAAAGGAGUUCCACCAGGUCCGCUUCUGGGUCAGUUGAAAAAUGGAAAUGAUGUAACACUUCCUAAUGGAACAUUCGUUAAAUCGAGUGACGUGAGAGGUCCUGAUGAUCCAGGUCCUGUGUUUAUUUUUAUCGACAUCCCAAACGAAGCGUAUUUGAAGGAUUUGGAAGAGAAGAACAUUCACUUUGCUCCCUACCAAUGCACGGCUACAGAUGAUUCUAACCAGGCAAUGUACGUAGUUCAUUUUAGUCCAUUGGAGGUGAUGAAUAAUCCACAUUAUAAGAAGUUUAUGGAUAGAUUUACUCCAAGCACACUACAUAUAGCGUUAAACGCAAUCAACAGUUUCUCUGGCUACGUUGCAUCCCAUCGAAUACAGUAUCACUUGAAUAAGCUAGAUCAGCAGAUAUUUCCAUUGCUAAGGGAAAAAAAUAAUGACUACAGCAAACCUUUCGGACCCAAAGACUGUAAUUUAGUACGCUCUUCUUCGCUUAGUUACUUGCACAUUAGACCAAGGAAGGGAAUUGAACGCACCCAGGAAGCUGUCAUUAACCCAGCAGAAUACCUACAGGAGCUUGAAGACUUAGCAGACUUCAAAGCGGCUCUAGAUGACGUUCGUAAGAAGUUGGAAGAUCAGAAAUGCGAUGAUGCACAGUCGAUAGUUCGAUCGGAAGCAUUUCCAAGAGUAGUUUUUCUCGGUACUGGGUCAUCGAUUCCAAACAAAACUCGUAAUGUGAGCGCUAUACUGAUACACACCAAUCCAGACUCAUCGAUCUUACUGGACUGCGGAGAAGGAACAGCUGGACAGAUUGUUAGGUUUUUUGGACAGGAAAGGGCGGAGCAUGUUUUUAGCACUAUUAAAGCGAUUUACAUCUCCCACUUGCAUGCGGAUCAUCAUUUAGGUCUCUUUGGACUUCUUCAAAUGAAACGUCGAUUGCUGGGGUCAGGCUGUGAAAAAGUGCUUCUUUUAGCCCCAGAACAGAUCUCUUACUGGUUGAGAUUGUAUGACUGUCGGUUUGAACCUUUACAUAAAGAAUACGUUCUAGUGAAAAAUGCGAAAGUUAUUGACCAACCUUUGCGUGACGAAAAGAUACUAGAUAUGGGCAUAACUGAAAUCGCAACGUGUCGCGUUCGUCAUUGUCCACAUUCGUUUGGAGUUGCCCUUCAAAUGACAUCCAGUCACAAGGGGGAACCAGGAGAAGUAGUAAAAAUCACGUACAGUGGUGAUACCAUGCCCUGUCAGGAGCUGGUAAAUCUAGGGAAGGAUUCGACGAUUCUUAUUCAUGAAGCCACCAUGGAAGAUGAGUUGGAGGCAGAAGCCCGAAUCAAAAUGCACAGCACCCUCUCGCAAGCAAUCAAACAGGGCGAGAGAAUGAAUGCAAAGUAUACUUUGCUGACCCAUUUUAGUCAACGAUACGCAAAAAUACCGCGUAUUGAAUCUACGCUAGGCACCAACUUAGGAAUCGCUUUUGACAACAUGGAAGUGACCCUGAACGAUCUACCAUCGUUGUGUUUAUUUUAUCCUGCUCUGAAGGCGAUGUUUAUUAGUCACUUCGAAGAGAUGGAACAGAAAGCAAUCAAACGGGGAAAUAAGAGGAUGCGAUUGGAGCCUGGCGGUAGCGGUAAUAGUAGCAAAGAGACUUCCCCUAUCCGGUAGGGAUGUACAGGAAUAAAAAUUGUUAAUUAUUAGCUUAUUGAACUUUUUUUUCGAGAUCAUUAAUAUGUAGAGUUGAACCCAUGCGAAAAUUGGCCAAAUCGUGCGUUGAUGU